AUGAGGAGCGAUGCCGCGAACAACACGGGCUUGCGCUUUUCAGAAGACAUCACAAGGCCUUCUGGUACAACGAACAAUAUUCCAUUGGCCCACCGAAAAGGAGUCUUUGGUGGUACGGUCGAGGUCGUACGCAAGUACCUGACAUUCGUCGGCCCUGGGUUCAUGGUUGCUGUUGCUUAUAUUGAUCCCGGAAACUACGCUACCGACAUCGCCGCUGGUGCUUCAUUCGAAUACAAACUACUCUUCGUUGUACUUAUGUCAAAUAUUUUCGCUAUAUUUCUCCAAUCUCUUUGCAUCAAGUUAGGUUCGGUUACUGGAAUGAACCUCGCGGAGAAUUGUAGGGCGCAUCUUCCACUGUGGCUAAAUUACGUGCUUUACUUCUUUGCCGAGUCAGCCAUCAUUGCGACAGACAUUGCUGAGGUCAUUGGUACAGCGAUUGCUCUCAACAUUCUUCUUCAUAUACCCCUAGUCGCGGGAUGUGCUAUAUCCAUUCUAGACGUCCUUAUUAUACUCCUCUUUUAUUCGCCUUCUGGUACCAUGGCUGCCAUACGAGGCUUCGAAAUUUUUGUCGCUCUGCUGGUCUUGGGCGUUGUUGUGUGUUUCUGUUUCGAGCUCAGCAAGGUCCACGCAUCCGCGGGAGAGGUCCUACACGGCUAUGUGCCUUCUUCGACGCUGAUCAAAUCUCAAGCGCCUGUGGCAUUCUGGGCGCCACGGUCAUGCCUCACAGCCUCUACUUGGGGAGUGGUAUCGUGCAACCGCGGCUACUACAAGCCUUCACUAGCUGCUAUCAAGCACUGCAUGUCUUAUAGUAUCAUCGAGCUCACCAUUUCGCUCUUCACAUUCGCGCUUUUCGUUAAUUCGGCUAUUGUCAUCGUUGCAGGCGCAUCGCUUUAUGGUCAAUCUGAAGCGGCAGAUGCAGAUCUAUUCUCUAUUCACAGCCUACUUUCACGCUCUGUCGCCCCUGCUGCCGGCACCUUGUUCGCCUUGGCGCUACUUUUAUCCGGACUAUCCGCCGGCAUUGUCUGCACCAUUGCCGGACAAAUGGUCUCAGAGGGGCAGUUGAACUGGACCAUCAAGCCCUGGAUUCGUCGCCUCAUUACUCGUUCGAUUAGUAUCACACCGUCUAUCAUAAUCGCCGGCGCUGUCGGCAGAGAGGGACUGAGCCAGGCCCUCAAUGGCAGCCAAGUGGCGCUCAGUGUUAUCUUACCUUUCGUUAGCGCACCAUUGAUCUGGUUCACCUGCCGCUCCCGGUACAUGAAGGUUGCGGUGCGGCACGACAAUGAUUCACCGCUACGAACAGCGGGAUCCGCGGGAGUUGCGGAUCAUGAUGUGAAUGAGCACGUGCAAAUGAGGAACCAUUGGCUCACGGCGGCAUUUGCGGUACUUAUCUGGGGCGUAAUAGUCGUUAUGAAUGUCGCAGCGCUGGUAUUUGCCGGUAUGGGUAUCGCUUGA